AUGUCAUCAAAUACAGCCAAUACGGACCCGAUGCAGGGUGCUAAUUCAACGCAAAAGAAGAAGAGCAACAAGAAGAAGAAAAAUGCGAGCAAGAAACAGGACACGGAACAGCCACUGAAUGACGAUUCGAAAAGAGAAGACGAAGAUGAAGAACUCGCGACUCCUUCACAGCUUGGCAACACUUCAAACAACGACACCGAACAGAUUCCCCAGGAAAAUGAUCCUGAAGAACCAGCUUCGACAAAUGGAUUGGCGGCGGGGCCAGCGGAGAAUGACACCAACACUGCUGCGAAAGUCGAAGCGAUGAGCCACGAGCGAGAGACACUACGGCAGGAAGUAGAACAAAUGCGCAAACAACUCGAGAGCAUGCAAGAGAGCCACGCAUCCGAAGUCACCCGCCUCCAAUCAGAGCUUGAAGAAAGCAACGCGGCGAAAGAGUCAGCUGAGGAGGAGUACCAAAAUCUAUUGGGGAGAGUGAAUCAAAUCAAGCAGACUUUGAGCGACAGGUUAAAACGAGACAAGGCUGAGCUCGAGGAAGCGAAGGAACGCGUUGAGGAGCUGGAGGCGCAGAACGAAGAACUGAGAGGCUCGGCAGAAUCUUCAAGUGAAGAUGUGACCAAGCUCAAGGAGGAGCUGCACGAUGCGCAACGAGAACUGUCGACGUUGAGAAGCCGCAACAACCUUUCAGCGACCAACUGGCAGAAGGAGCGGGACGACAUGCAAAGGGCGGUGCAGAAUCUCAAGGAAGAGCUGGAGACAACAUCGAACGCCAUGGGCGAGUGGGAAGUCAUUGCGAUGGAGGAACGAUCCUUGAAAGAGAGUCUCGAGGAUAAGGUCUCCGACUUGGAGGAGCAAAUGGCUGCGCUGCGGGAAGGCUACGAGGCAGCAGCGCAAGAGCGGGACAGCAACACGACUUUGGUCGAUAAUCUCCAAGACGCCCUCCGCGAGAUACAAGAAGCCAGGAAAAAAGAACUUCGCGAAAUGGUGGAGUCAACAGAUCAGCAGGUGGAGACCCACAAGAAGCGUGCGCAGGAAGCUGAAGCCCGUGCCAGCGAAGCUGAGAAGGACAAGGCCAGCUUGACGGCCGAACUCGAGCGGACUGCGCCGUUCGAGAAGGAGGUUAAGGAGAAGAACCUCCUCAUCGGCAAGCUCAGGCAUGAAGCUAUCGUUUUGAACGAUCACCUGACCAAAGCGCUACGAUACCUCAAGAAGACGAAACCGGAAGACAAUGUUGACCGGCAAAUCAUCACCAACCACCUUCUUCAGUUCUUGACUCUGGAUCGUGGAGACGUGAAACGCUUUCAGGUCCUUCAGGUCAUGGCUGGUUAUCUAAACUGGACCGACGAACAACGCGAGCAAGCUGGCCUUGCGCGACCAGGCACAUCAAGCAAUAGUCUACGCCUUCCGGUAUCUCCAUUUCAUCGCACACCAAGUUCUCCGUCACUCAACGCAGACGUGUUCUCUGAACCCUCUCCUUCUGGCGGCAAGGACAAGGAAUCCUUGGCUGAGUUAUGGGCUGGCUUCCUCGAGCGCAGUGCGCAGGAAGGCACUGGAGAGGACCCCAAGGCUCGGAAAGACAGCACGAGCAGCAGUGUAGCCACAGGCUUGACAGCGGAAAAGGAGCAGUCGAAGCCUUAG